AUGGAAGGCGCUUUCACCCAUGUUGGGAAUCAUUUGAUAUCCGACUCGGCUGCUGCUAUCAAGGCUGGAGCCGAUGAUCUCACUACGAUCGACCCCGACGAGAGCUUACUCUAUGGCAAAUAUGGAGAUCGAAAUGGCCGCCGCCGAGCCGAUGAUGAUGAUAACCAGACCGAGGCUUUCGAAGAAGAUGACAACGACAGUCUGAACAGCGUUCCGAUCGAUGGACUGACUGGACUUAAGCUGAAGGGUCAGGACGAGGAGAAGGAACUUCCGGCCCAUGCGUGCGCGUACUGCGGCAUCCACUCUCCAGGAUGUGUCGUGAAAUGCCUCAGCUGCAACAAAUGGUUUUGCAGUGCGAGAGGCAACGGCACUUCGACCCACAUCGUAAACCAUCUUGUUCGAGCUCGUCAUAAAGAAGUUCAACUUCACCCCGAGUCUACGCUAGGCGAUACAGUGUUGGAGUGCUACAACUGCGGAACCAAGAAUGCCUUCCUCCUGGGUUUUAUCCCCGCCAAGUCCGACACCGUUGUUGUCCUCCUCUGCCGACAACCAUGUGCCGCCAAUACCUCGAACAAGGAUAUGAACUGGGAUACAUCACGAUGGCAGCCUCUGAUCGAAGAACGAGCAUUUUUGCCUUGGUUGGUGGCAACCCCAUCCGAUUCCGAGCAACUUCGAGCCCGCCAUCUUACACCAAACAUGAUUGCCAAGCUGGAAGAGAUGUGGAAGAUUGAACCCAAGGCAACAGUGGUUGACCUCGAGAAGGCAGCCAGUAUCGAUGACGACCCGCAGCCUGUCCUACUAAACUACGACGACCCUUACCAUUACCAGAACAUCUUUGGCCCUCUGGUCAAGAUGGAAUCUGACUACGACAAGAAACUGAAGGAGGCGCAAUCGGAAGAUGGACUUCUCGUCCGUUGGGACUAUGGUCUGAACAAUAAACAUCUCGUUAGCUUCAAUCUUCACAAGAUUGAGUCUGGAGAUGUGAAGCUUGCAGUUGGCGAUGAGAUGCGAUUACGUUACAAGGGCGAGCUUCGAUCUCCCUGGGAAGGAGUCGGAUAUGUCAUCAAGAUCCCGAACAACCAGUCUGACGAGGUAACACUGGAAUUGCGCAAGACAGGUAACGAGAAGCUUGUGCCUACCGACUUGUCCCACAACUUCUCAGCCGACUAUGUCUGGAAAGCGACCUCAUACGAUCGUAUGCAGCUUGCCAUGAAGACCUUUGCUGUUGACGACAUGAGUGUAUCUGGUUACAUCUUCCAUACCCUGCUCGGCCACGAGGUUCAAUUGCAGGUUAUGAAGACGAACUUGCCGAAGAAGUGGUCCGCCCCUGGUCUACCCGACCUCAACCCUAGCCAAGUCGGGGCUAUCAAGGCAGUUCUUCAGAAGCCCCUUAGUCUUAUUCAAGGUCCUCCUGGAACCGGCAAGACGGUCACCUCAGCCACUAUCAUUUACCAUUUGGCCAAGAUGAGCGGAAACCAGGUUCUUGUGUGCGCACCUUCCAACGUUGCCGUUGACCAGCUCUGUGAACGUGUCCACCGCACAGGACUCAAAGUUGUUCGCCUCACAGCCAAGUCUCGCGAGGAUGUCGAAUCAUCUGUCAGCUUUCUAGCUCUCCACGAGCAGGUGCGCAUGUCAGAGCACAACAGCGAACUUGUCAAACUCUCACAGCUCAAGAACGAGUUGGGCGAAUUGUCGAGUCAGGACGAGAAGAAGUACAAGCAGCUUACCAAGAUCGCCGAACGCGAUAUUCUCAACAACGCCGAUGUUGUUUGCUGCACUUGUGUGGGAGCUGGUGAUCCUCGUCUUUCGAAGAUGAAAUUCCGAAACGUUUUGAUCGACGAGUCGACUCAAUCAGCAGAGCCUGAGUGCAUGAUCCCGCUUGUUCUUGGAUGUAAGCAGGUUGUCCUUGUUGGUGACCACAAGCAGCUCGGUCCUGUCAUCAUGAACAAGAAGGCAGCCAAGGCAGGUCUUAACCAGUCGCUCUUUGAGCGCUUGGUCAACUUGAAACUCUCCCCCAUUCGACUCAACAUCCAGUACCGAAUGCACCCCUGUCUGUCUGAGUUUCCCUCCAACAUGUUCUACGAUGGUAGUCUGCAAAAUGGUGUCACUCAUGAGAACCGUCUGCGGAAGGAUGUCGACUUCCCUUGGCCGGUAGGUGAGAUGCCUAUGAUGUUUUGGUCCAACUUGGGCCACGAGGAAAUUUCUGCCUCGGGAACAUCUUACCUCAACCGCACAGAAGCAUCCAACGUCGAGAAGGCCGUCACCAGAUUUUUCAAGGCUGGUGUCAAGCCUGCUGACAUUGGUGUUAUUACUCCGUACGAGGGCCAACGAAGCUACAUCGUAACAACAAUGCAAAACUCGGGAACCUACAAGAAGGAGUACUACAAGGAAGUCGAAGUUGCUUCGGUUGAUGCUUUCCAGGGCCGUGAGAAGGAUUUUAUUGUCCUUUCUUGUGUUCGAUCCAAUGACAACCAAGGUAUCGGUUUCUUGUCUGAUCCCCGUCGUUUGAACGUGGCUUUGACUCGAGCCAAGUACGGUCUUGUCAUUCUCGGUAACCCCAAGGUUCUGUCCAAGCACGAGCUCUGGCAUAAUCUGCUUGUCCACUUCAAGGACCGCAAAUGCUUCGUGGAGGGCCCAUUGACUAACCUCCAGGCAUGCCUGCUUCAGUUCAGCCGACCUAAGGUUAGCUUCCGACAGAAGAACCAGCAGCCGCAGUUUGGAGCCGGCAGCUAUUCUUCCAACGGGGGGCGGUUCAACCCGCCUCCAUCGGCAUCUGGUCGUGAUUUCGACCUGGGCUCUAUGGUGUCGUACAUCCCUGACGAUGUCUCUUCUGUUCACGGAUCUGCAUUUGGCGGUGCCUCGCUUAACAGCGCCUUCCCCCCAAUGUUCUCAAGCUUUACCCCUGACCAAUGGCCCGGUCUACCAGGCGUUGCGGCUCCUAGCCGAGGCGGCAAGAGCCGUGGCCGUGCUACAGAAAGUGUUGCAGGAGAGAGCGUGGCCAACUCGGAGUAUACGGAUGCAUCUUCAAGCGUGAUUGGGGGCAAAGGAGUUGGGCAGGGCGGUGUCAGUCUUGGGGCAGGGCUCCACGAUGCUGUCACAGGCAUGCGACCAGUUUCCUACAGCCAAAGCGACCGACUCAAGCAGUACGUCGAAAGCAGCGGACGCAUGGCACCUAGCAACGGUUACGGACGACGUUUCGACGAUGACGAGAAGAGCGUCAGCACCGCAUUCCAUAGCCAGAUUGGAGGAGGCUACGACUGA